GAAAAAUAUGGAAAUGUGUUGGUUAUGUCAUAAUUAUUGAUUGUCACGAAAUAAGGAUCGUGCUUUGUUAGUUUGAAACUCAGUGUAUGUAACUGGAGGCCUACAGCCAGAUAAGACACCGGUAACAUUUACAUUAUGCCGACAUUCACAAAGCCUAUGUCUAUGAAGAUACUUCUUCGCUCUUUCUAUCGACUGACGUAAAGUUGACAUAAGCAGAAGAAACCUGAAGAGAUGAAAAUGAUCACCUUUUAAAUGAUAUCACAAGUUUUCUAGUCCUCUGAAUAACAUCUGCACAAGCACAUAUAUAUCUACGCACAAUAUGGAGAAUGAGCUACACAAGAGAGACCAUCUUGGAGUACAAGAUUUUGUUCUUCUAGAAGAUUAUCAUAACCAAGAUGCAUUUCUUGAUAACCUACGCAAAAGAUUUGAAGGAAAUCUCAUCUAUACAUACAUUGGUCCUGUAUUAGUAUCUAUAAAUCCAUAUCAUGAAUUAGAUAUCUACAACACAGAAUUUAUACAAACAUAUCGAAAUGUCAACUUCUAUGAGUUGCCCCCUCACAUAUUUGCUAUAGCAGAUGCAUCUUAUACUUCUAUGAGAGGUGAAAAUAAAGAUCAGUGCAUUUUAAUAUCAGGAGAAUCUGGCGCUGGUAAAACAGAAGCCUCAAAGAAAAUCUUACAAUACAUAGCAGCUAAUAGUACACAUUCUGUAGAUGUAGAGAGAGUUAAGGAUAGAUUAUUACAGUCAAAUCCUAUAUUAGAGAGUUUUGGAAAUGCCAAAACAAACAGAAAUGAUAAUUCCAGCCGCUUUGGAAAGUACAUGGAUAUACAGUUUGAUUAUAAGGGAGCACCAGUGGGAGGCCAUAUUUUAAAUUAUUUAUUAGAGAAGUCUCGUGUUGUACACCAAGGUCAGGGAGAAAGAAAUUUUCAUAUAUUUUAUCAGUUAAUACAGGGUGGUAGUCCGGCUUUAUUAGAAAAACUGAAAUUAGACAGAAAUCCGGAUAAAUAUUUCUAUUUAAAUCAGGGUAAUUGUUCUAAUGAUGUUACACAUGAUGACCAGAAUUUGCGAGUUAUACAGGAAGCCAUGGAAACGUGUGAUUUUUCUGAGAAGGAACAAGAAGCACUGUAUUGUAUCGUAGCAUCAGUUUUACAUCUAGGUGAUUUAACCUAUGAGGUUAAUGAGAGUGGAAUGGCUAAAUUAACAGAUGAUAAACAGGGACUGGUUAUAGCGCAGUUAUUAGGAUGUGAAGGAGAUACCUUAGAAUCAGCUUUACAUAAUAGAACUAUAGAUGCUAGAGGAGAAAAGUUAAAAACACCAUUGAAUGUCGAUCAAGCUAUGUAUGCCAGAGAUGCCUUAGCUAAGGGGAUUUAUGAUCGACUUUUUACUUGGAUGGUGCAAAAAAUCAACAAAGCUUUAGCCAAAAAGGAUAAAUUAAAAUGUUCUUUGAUGGGUUUAUUAGAUAUAUAUGGUUUUGAAAUCUUUGUUAUGAAUAGUUUUGAACAGUUCUGUAUAAAUUAUUGUAAUGAGAAAUUACAACAGUUAUUUAUUCAAUUGACAUUAAAAUCUGAACAGGAAGAAUAUCAAAGAGAGGGAAUUGAGUGGGUUCCAGUGCAAUAUUUUAAUAACAAGAUUAUUUGUGAUGUAGUGGAAGGAAAACCGAUGGGCAUCAUUGCAAUAUUGGAUGAAGAAUGUUUACGACCUGGUGAACCUUCCGAUGAAACUUUCUUAGAAAAAUUAUCAGAAACUAUUGGACAACAUCCACAUUUCGUUAGUCAUAAAAUAGCUAGUUCUAGUACCAGAAAAACUAUACAAAGAGAUGAGUUUCGAUUGAUUCAUUAUGCCGGAGAUGUGACUUAUAAUGUUAAAGGCUUUUUGGAUAAAAACAAUGAUCUGUUAUUCCGUGAUCUUAAAGAGGCUAUGAGUCAGACAACUAAUUUAAUUACAUCCGAAUGUUUCCCAUCAGAAGAAUUACAGAGUAAAAAACGACCAGAAACUGCAGCUACCCAGUUUAAAACUAGUUUAUCAAUGUUAAUGGAUAUAUUAAUGUCUAAAGAACCAUCUUAUGUACGAUGUAUUAAACCUAAUGAAUAUAAACGAGCAGGUGUUUUUGAUGAAAGAAUUGUAACCCAUCAAGUUAAAUAUCUUGGUUUAAUGGAGAACUUACGUGUUAGAAGAGCGGGAUUUGCUUAUAGACGACCUUAUGAAGUAUUUCUACGCAGAUAUAAGUGCCUCUGUCCAUCAACAUGGCCCCAUUACCAUGGUUUACCUAAAGAGGGAACAGCAGAAUUAGUUAAUUAUUUGAACUAUCAACAAGAUGAUUUCCGUAUGGGAAAGACAAAGUUAUUUAUCCGAUUUCCUCGAGUUUUAUUUGCAACAGAAGAUGCCUUUCAAUUAAAGAAACAUGAUUUAGCAACUCAAAUCCAAUCCCAGUACAGAGGAUUUACACAAAGAAAGAAAUUUUUACACAUGAGGUUGUCAGCUAUUAUUGUUCAGUGUCAUUGGAGAAGAUAUGCUGCUAAGAAAUUAUUGGAAAAACGCAAGAAAGCUGCUCAAGAUGUCAGAAAGUUUAUCAUAGGCUUUAUGAACAGAAAGAAACCUGCCUGUGAUGAAAACCAACAUUUUAUUAAAUACACCAAGUGGAAUUUCCUUGAAAAGCUCAAAAAUGAAUUGCCAAAGAAUGUUUUAAACAAGAAAUGGCCCAAAGCACCAGAACUUUUGGAAGAGACAUCAAAUGAUCUACAUAAACUGUGUAUGAAGAAUUUAGUAUUGAAAUAUAUCAAGAACUUGAAACCUGCCAAAAAAAUACAGUUGGAACAGAAAGUGAUAGCAGAAAGGUUAUUUAAAGGGAAGAAAGAAUCCUAUAAAUUCAGCAUAAAGGAACCAUUUAUUGACAGUCGACUUGCUGCCCACCAUGAAGCCUUGAAAAACAGUGUAUUUGAUGCGACUGUUAAACAGUUAGACGAGAAAGUUAUUUAUUGUUCAGCAGUUACCAAAUAUGAUCGUCAUGGUUACAAGUCCAGAAACAGAGUGAUGAUAGUAACAGAAAAAAAUAUUUAUGUUUUGAAUGAAAAAGAUUUUAAAGUAAAAGAUAAACUCCCUUUCCAGCAUCUUAGUGGCAUUAUUGUUAGUCCAUAUACAGAUGGUUUAUUUGUAUUGACAGUUAACAUAACAGACAAUGGAAGCAAGUCGGACGAUGAAUUAAAUGAGGAUGGUGAAAGUAAAAAGGGUGAUUUGAUCCUACAGAGUGAUUAUGUGAUAGAGGCAGUAACUAAGAUUGCUAUAGCUGGUCAUAAACAAGAUGUUGUCCAAGUAGCCACAGAUGGAAAUAUUAAUCAUGAUAUGUUAAGUGGUAAACAAGGUCUUAUUGAAUUCUCUAAAGGUUCAACAUAUAAUAUUAAAAAAGGAAAAAAUGGACAACUUUGUGUGGUGGCCCCCCCAUUGUCGUAACAGGAAGAAAAACAAUUCGCACAAAAAUUUGCAUUCCGUAUCUCAAAUAUUAUAGUGAUGACCAAGAUUUGAUGCUUAAAUAUCUAAACUGCUUCCACAACAACUGGAGUGACAGGUCAACAUACAUGUACAUCCCAGUUUAACAUGAUACUACAAAAACGUAUAUGGUGAUCAAUUUUUAUCAUCAUUUAUUUUGUUAUUUAGUAAAACAGUAAUUUACUCGAACUAUAGUAAUUUUUCAUCAGUGUUGAUUGUUUGUCAAGUAAAUGGAAAAUGAAAAAAACAAAUUUCUACAGUGAUUUGUCAGAGAAUUUGUACAAAAUACUAGAUAAAAUUCAUGUUGUAGUUAAAACAUCUACCAUUUAAAAUAAAGUAGAAAACCUUUGUUUACUGAAAGGUAAAUCUUUUUUUUACUAAAAUAGUAAAAGGUCUUUUUAUUACUAAAAUAAUAAAAGGUCUUUUUGUUACUAAAAUAAUAAAAGGUCGUUUUGUUACUAAAAUAAUAAAAGGUCGUUUUGUUACUAAAAUGAUAAAGGGUCUUUUUGCUACUAAAAUAAUAAAAGGUCUUUAAUAAGUAAAAGUAUUCUUUUACUAAAAGGAAAUUUCUCUAUAUAUACAUCUAUAUUGUUUUAUAUCAUUAUUUUUUUGCAUAUUUAGAGUCAAAUUUACAUUGAUUGAAGAAUUGGUUAUACUUUAUCAAAUUGUGUUCAUAUUGUUUAAUAUUUAGAGAGAAUUUAUGUAACUUGCAUAGUGCUGUGAAAUGAUAUAAUUUUGUCCUUAUUUAGUAUACAUUAUAUGAUUCAUGAUGAGAGGGAGAACUGUUAAGUGAAGGUGGAAACUUGUUUAUAAAUUUAUUUUACCCUUAAUAUACAACAAAGGUCAAGGACGUUUUAUUGUUAAUUAAACAUUAAAAGUGGAAAUACAAAUGAAAGAUUGUAUUUUGAUUAAAUUUGCAAUACACCAGAGAUUGCCUUACAUAGAUCCCAGUUGAUCUUUCAUUCUUUGUUGAUUAAAAAAGCUAUAUUUUCGGGAAGUGACUUAAUAUAUACAAUAUUUCAAAACAAAAAACAAUUGGUUAUCUUAUUUGGAACAUUUAGUUUUUUUAUUAUUGUGUAAUUUCUAACUAGACAAAUAUACAUGUUAUCUGUUUAAAUCAUCUUGGUAUCAUUAAUUCCUGAUAAAGAUGGCCAAGGACAGUACCAUAGUUAUUGAUUCUUGUCGUUCAGCAUUUUAUUGCCAUUAUUACAUGAAUAUUCCCUUUUAAAGACGCUUAUAAGUUAUAGAACCAUAAUAUCUGUAAGCUUAUAUUGUUGUUAUAUAACAAAUCAUACUUAUUAUUACCAAGAAAACAUUUUGGGGGUUUUCCCUGAUGCUUGAUAUAUGUUAUCAAAACUCAUCCUCUAAACCUACAUGCUUUUUUUUUUUACAAAGUUUAUAAUAUAUUUCAUUUUGUCAAAGAGAUUUUGUAGAACUUUUUCCUAUUUACUAAAGUGCUUUAUUGAUAUAAAACUGAUGCAUUUGAUAAGCUGUGAUAAUCUUUUUCAUUUACUUGCUAUCUAACUUUCCUACGAAUAUCAUAAAUGAUUUUUAAAAAUAUUGAUAUGUAUUCUUUUUCAAAAUAUUUUAUAUUUAUAGCCUUUAAUAUUAAUACUGGGAUAUUUAAAUUAGAUCUAAUACUAUUUUAUAAGUAGAUUGGUAAUUGACUUUGCCACAUUGUGUCCAGGCAACCCUUUGCAGUUACUAGGAAUAUCAUUUAAUCUUGUAUUAUAUUUCACAUUACAUCAUUAUCAAAACUAAAAAUAGUAUCCUGUCUAUGGUGACAUUAAUCUCAACCGAUAUAUAUUUUAAAAGGUAAUUCCUGACCCAAUAUGAGUUCUCAGCCUGGUCAGAUUGAGCAGUCUAGCUACAACAUGUUAAUUUAGCCCUAAGAUAGUUCAAGUCCAUUAUUUCUUGAAAAACAUCAUAACCCUUAUAUGCAUAUAAUAGAAUACUAUUUAAAAAGAAAUAUAUGUGUUGUGUUGUGGCGUCCUUAUAGUUUAAAAUAAUAGAUUUCUUGGUAAUGAAUUCAAGGAGGGACCCCAGGUAAUAUUCACUACCGUGCUAUGAGGGAUAUUUUUGCCUGGACAGUGUCAUUUCCUCCUACUCUUGAUCAGAUACCAACUUCAAGGGUUCUUUUAUGUGCAUGCCAACAUGUACGUUGGACCUUGAUUGUUUUUGUCACAUCCGAACAACUAAACGCUGUUCCUCGCCAGAUCCUCCUCCCUGUAUAACCAGCAAGAAGUGAGCACAAAGGAAAAUCCCAAGAACUUUGUUGGCCAACACUGAGAUGGAACCCAGGCCCACUUGCUAAGUCAGCCAGUGCCUUACUCACUGAGCUACUGUGGCUCCAAAACAGAAUAUCAUUGCAUGAUUAAUAUAUGCGAAUAAUAUAUUUAUAUAGGUAUCAGCUUUACAAUUUAAUUAUUAUAUGGAAAAUAUACAUUAAAAUAUUAAUGGUCCUUCUUAGAGUUUUCAAUACUGGGAAUACUAGUUGUUCACUUGGGCAUGUAGGAACCAUGUCAAAAUUCAGUAUAUUUGGAUGUUUUAAAUUUCCAAUCUACAUUACUACUAACAAUUAUGGUUUAAAGCUUUCUUAUGAAAUCUCAUCGACAUUUUUCAUUUCUACUUGAACUCUAGUGCCCACAAUUUUGUUUUAAAAAUAACUACAAUAUAUUUGUAAAAAUAUUCAACUUUUGUAGUCUACAAGGUUUCUAUCUAUAUUGUAUUAAAUUGAUUUAUACAGAAAGAGAAGGGAUUGAUUUGGAUGUAUUUUAUGUUGAUGUUAUGUCAGAUAUAUAAUUUUGUUGUAAUUCAAAGACCAUUUAUUUAGCUUACUAUAUAUGUACAAACAAUAAAUAAAGGAGAACAUUAAGAUAUCA